AUGAUGAUUUUUCUAGAGCGACUACCCGAUGUGAUCGAGUCUGUUCCCGAGGGGCCUGUUGAAACGGACAGUCUGCGAAUCGCGUGGCGGUACAAUAAAUUGGAAGAUAUUGACCGAACCACCAUAUCGACCCCAUAUUUGGGUCAUCAUUUUGAUCUGUCUUCCACUAUGAAUUCCGCCGAACGGAUUCAAGAACGAGACCUUGAAGUGGCCACAUUUUCCCCGGAUUCGAGUGAAUCGUUGACCAAAAACUUAUCAAACUUCAUUCUUUCUCUGCAAAAAUUUUUAACUUCCAAAUGUUCCUCAAAUAUUCAGCGUAUAGGAUUACGCAGUCGCAUACAUCAUUAUGCCGACUACGCCUAUACUAUCACUGGAUUUGACGGCCCGACUGGCAAGAAUACGGCCUAUUCCGAUUUCGACGGCCUGUUCACUGUAACCAAGCUACCUUGGUUAGGAGAUGGUCUCGAACCGAUUAGUCGUCCACUCACCAUGGAUUGGGCAUUUAAAGUGAAACGGCGUCAAUUCUUACUCCAGGUAACCAGAUUUUUAUACAGUUUUCCACUUUUUAUUGCACAUAUUUUGGCCACUUCUGUUCCAUUCAUACUUUUAAUUAUCUUAGUUGCGAAAUCUGGCUUUUUUUGUAAACACCAGAAAUUUCUUAGAUAUCCAUGA